GUAAUUUUCUUAGUCAAUUCUGUGGUUAAGAAAAUCAAAAGUUUAAUUUGUUCUAUGGCGUAGACAGAGAAAAUGGCGCUUGAGAUAUCGAAAAUUUAUCGACGGCAGAGCCAGUGCGAUUGAACUGUCAGAUGAGAAUCGAAAGUCAUAUCUUUAUCUUGUGGCUUAACAAUGUGAUAAGUAUUAUCAAACUUUUUUUUAGAUCAUAUGAAAAAGCGCCAGGCUCUUAUCGCAAAUAAAAGGUCUUUUAUUGCAUAUCCAUUUGAGAAUAGACGCAGUUUCAUUAUGACCAAAAUAAAUUUCUGAUAGCAAAAACAAAUCGUCAGUGAAAGAUAUCCAACUGUUUCAAAAGCAGAUGCUGUUAUUCUAAGUAGGUGCGUUUUCCAAACUAUUUUCAUCAGAGUAGUACUGAACAAUGAAUACGUUUGAUUUGAAAGAACUAAUUCAAAGCGAGGAUCAUGUUUUAGUUUUAAAAACUGAAAAUUUCAGCUCUGGAGACAUUAAACCGCAGGAAGAAACUUUUAUUCCCAAAUUUUUUAAUGGUUUAUAUGCAUUCAGUGUGAGUGUUUUUCCCAAUGGAAGUUGCCCAAUUUAUGCUGGCUAUGUUUCUCUAGUAGUCAAAUCAUCUAUGACUUCUGAUCAAGAUUUGACUGCUAUGGGUUCUUCUAACUCUAUGUGUUGUACUGCAAGCAUCAUAGAUAUCAGUGGCGAAAGAAGAUAUAGCCAGUCUUUUGGAAUUGAUACCAUAAUUUUUACAGAUUGUUACAUUCCAGGAUUAGAGAGAUUCAUUAAACGUUCCACUCUUCUUUCACAAAAGGAAGAAUUUUUACCUGAUGAUGUUCUUACAAUGCGAUUCGAAUUUUCUCUCAAAAGUAAUCAAGAAUUGGCCUCGUUGUCAAAGAUAGCCGAGUUCUUACCAUCUUUACUUGUAGAAACUCUUAAUUUCAAAGGAAGUGGAAUCGACAACAAUGCUGUUUGUGAUUUCACUGAGAUAUUUAAAGAUAUCGAAGAGAAAAAUGACGAUGAAUGCAGUGGAUUUGCAUGCGCUAAGUCAUUGGAUAGUUACACAUUUCCCAAUGAAUUCGAAUCGGUUCAAGCAUAUAGUAGUCCCUUCGAUCUUGAAUUUUACAAAGAAAAUGAAGGUACCCAAGCGACUGGUACUGAAAUGCAUGCAGAAAAUGAAAAUGAAAAAUCAGAUAAUGCAAUUCUUCAAGAAUAUGUCUCAGCUUACACUUCUGGUUUACGAUUACCAAAAGAAAACACAGAUAAAGUUAUGUCUGGUAUUGGAAUACUCAAAGAAACUGAAGAAAUCCCAACAUCUGGGGAUGUAAUGCAAAAAGAAAUUGAAGAAAAACAAAUGUGCAAAUAUGAAGAAACUGAGAAGGGAGAGGAAUCAAUUAAAAUACAUAGUGAAAACUUCAGUGAACAGGUGGCAUCUACUAUGAACUCUGCAGUUGGGGAGCAAUGUAAUGAAACUAUACAGACUGAACUGUCGAAAAGCAUCGAUGAGAAAUUUAGACUGUUGAAGAAAACUGGUGACGAUACAUCGAAAAAUAUUAUCAUCGUAGUUAAUGGCCACCGAAUGUUUCAGAAGUCCAAUCAAUCACGUAAAAAUAUGGUUGAUUUCAGUUUAACAACAGAUGAAGAACUGUAUAAAAUGUUUUAUUCAAUUGCAUCUCUUGAAGAUGAACCUUCUAAAUCCAUUUACAGGAUGCAUGGAGUUGUGCCUUUCUUUAUAAAUUUGAUGGACAGAGACGAAAAUGCUACCUUCCAUGUCUCGAAGAAUGAGAAGAGUGACCUUCAAAGCGAUACUGAAGAUCCCAGCAGUCCUUCCGAUGCCACUUGCAGUACUAAAACGAUUCGGAAUAAUAAUGAAAUUGCAGACAACAAAGAAUCGGAGAAUCUGCAACAUGUUAGUGACGAAAAUAUGUGCAUGUCUGUUGGGAAGUUUGGAUUUGAUUCUGAAAAAGAACAUGUUCAAUCAAAGAAUUUAGCAGAUGGAAGUAAUACAACACUUGCCUCAGAAGAAAAUGCUGGAGAAAAGGAGGAUAGAAAAGAUGAAUCAUCAACUGAAGAUGAAAAUGACAAAGAACAUAAAUUUGACUUUUUGAUUCAAACUGCUGAUAAUGAGACUAUUCUUGUUCCUUUUGAAGAAAACAAAGAAACGAUCGGUUCCAAACUUCUGACUGCUUCGACAGUCUUUGAAAACAUGCUAAGACAUCCGAUGAAAGAGAGGUCUGAAAGAAGAGUUGAGAUGAGCGAUGCUACUUCUAGAACUGUAAAUAAUCUCUUGUCUUACGUAGACGGUGGUAAAUUCUCAGAUAUUCCACUUCCGGACGCUUAUGAUCUUUAUGAAGCAGCUGAUAAAUAUGCGGUGAAGAAUCUGAUGAAAGAAUGCUCUGAUUUUAUGGCAUAUUUCCCGAUUAGGGAGAAUGUUUGGAGUAUGGUGAAGCUUGCACAGCUACAUUGUGAUGAUUAUCUUCUGGAAUUGGCAGAACGCGUGCAGACAUUAGUUCUUAGAUUGGAACAAAUAUCAUUGAAAAAGAGAAACGAAUUUGUUGAUUCUUUUAUUGAUGGUCUAUUAAAUGAAAUUUCAUUAGAGUCAAAAGAGACGGAAUCUGACUUUUUUGCUCAAGAUUUUAACUUCUAUCAAUGAUGCAUUCAAAAAUUAGCUAUGGAUCACUUAAAAAAUAUGCAAUGUGGAGUUCAUUGAUUUUAUAAAUAAUGGAACAUGCGAGUGAAAUACAAAAAUAACAUCAAUUUUUUGUGAUAUAGGUUAUAUAAUUCCAAUACAGAGAAUGCGAAUUAAAUAGGAUAACGCCUAAACUUUGCUUCUCAAACUAGCUGUUGAUUUUCUUCUUUCAAGUAAUUAGUUAAUAAUUGGUCAGUGCUGUUUGUAUUUCAAAAUUGCUGUUUGAUGAUAACAACUUCAAAAAAUAAGUAAAAAAAUUUAUUUUUUGUAAAUAAAUCUGUAUAGUUUAUUUGUCGUUGAUUUUUUUUUUCCGUUUCAGAAAAUAAAAGUUUUCUA